CUAGGGUUUUGCUGGGCCUAGAGCAAUGCGGGUUUUCAAGCUGCGAAGGUAUGUCUCUGUAGGGAAGGCCUUCAGGGAUGGAUUAGCAAAGGCUCUUGGCAUGGAGGAGCCAGCAGGCGGUGAUGGCACAUUGAAGAAGUCGGCAGGCAAUGUGGCAAGCGGUGAUGGCGUUACAUCAAAUUCUGCGAGUUUAUCUACAGACUCUGGUGUGGCAGCGUUGAAGAAGCCCCUUGCUCGAGUUCUCCUCGACACAGGAAUCGACAUUGAAGAACUGGAUCGAGUAAAGCUUGCUGAACUACAUAGGUUUGGACAGAACAAAGAAACGGUCGUUGUUUUGGGAGCUGAUUCCUCCAUUACCAUGCUGCAAAUCCAGUAUUUUGAGUUUCUAAAGCAAAUCCGCUUAGAAACUCUCUAUGCUUUCAAGCAUGAGAUUGGGAUCCAGUUGGCGAUAAAUAAUCCGAACCUGGGAAAUCCGACACCAGCAGAAGUGGAGGCAGCUGUCAACGACUUGAUGGAGCUGUCAGGUUACGACCGGCUCAGCGAUUUAGCUGGGUACCCCGGUAACGUGUAUGCAGCAUUGAAGACUAUUGCGCAACAUGGGAAUUCUGACUGGGCUCGUCUCUCGCCGAGGGAUGUCAGCUUGUUAACUCGAGCGUACUUCCUGGUCGCUACACACAGACUCUGGAGUGGCUGCAACACUACUGCAUGGGGUGAGAUACAACAGGUUCUCAAGGGCUCCUACCCCUACAUCUUAGCUAAGCAGUUCAGGGAUGAGGGUGCACACCUUCCACUAACAAAGAUGUCAAGGGUGGUUGACAAUAAGAGCGCGUUGGAGGUGGCGUGGACUUCGUACACGUCUGCUACAGCACCACUUCUAACUAAAGAUGUUCUUGGUACUGGACCUGCUCGUGUCGACGCAGCUGCACUACUGGAACAAGUUGCCCGAGCUCUCAACAGCAAGGACAACCAGCGGUUUCCACUCGUGGAAGCUUUACUGGCAAGCGUGACACAUAUGAAAGGCAGGGGUAUUUGUUGAAUAAAGGGGCUUCCAAGAACACAACUAUAGCAGUAUUGUAAAUUUAUGAAUGCUCAUGGAUCACUGAUAGUUGUUUGUUGCUUUCCAGGGACUUUGGAGACAACAAGCACCUGUUGGAAUUUUUUGACUCAACGUGACAAUGUACAUUUUAUGAGCAUGAGAUGAGGCUCGUGGGCAGCAUACCAGUUUAUGAGUGGCUCUCCAUGGCAGGAGUGGAAUUUAUCAUCCAAGGCGGCAUUCACUAGUUUGAUCGUUCACUAGCUUGAUCAUACUUUUUUGUAACGAGCAAAGAGAUAAAUAUAACGACUGUAGCUCAACUGACAA